AUGUGCACUUCUACCAAGACAAUGAUCACGAGCCAAUCCAGCGCCCAGGAAAGUGCUGCAACAACCGCACUCCUUCGUAGCCUCCAGUUCAGUGGAGUCCAAUUCCUGCGCUUUGUCACCGUCGAUGCUUGCAAUAACAUUCGAUCCAAGGUCAAACCCGUCAAAUACCUAUUGAAUCAGGAGGCCAAGAGUCUUGACAAGCAAGUAUCCAUUGCUGCAGUCUGCUUUGCUGGUCUCCCUCACCAUGCCGACUACAUGGUGGAUGGAUCCGGCAUGGAUGCCAGAAACGUCCUCAGUGUCCAACCCGACCUUGGCACCUUUCGCGUGCUUCCCUAUGCACCCAAAUCUGCCAUUGUCAUGGGCAACUUGAUGGAUCAGUAUACGGACGAACCGAGUCCAUUUUGCACCCGUACAGUCCUGCGCAAGGUCGUGGAACAAGCCGCCCAGCAACACAACAUUGCAUUUUCCGUGGGAGUGGAACUCGAGUUUUGCCUGGUCCAUGCCGAGACUGGCAACUUUGUCGACCAAUCUGUCUACGGGAACACCACCACACUGAACCAACAAGAAGAUUACAUUAGUGAACUCUAUGAACAACUAGAACAGCAGUACAUCCCUGUUGAGUUGAUCCACUCCGAGUCGGGACCGGGACAGCUCGAAGUCGUCUUGCAAUACUGCAACGACCCAGUGGAGCUGGCGGAUCGUGUCUUGCUGGCCCAAGAGACAAUUCGUGCUGUUGCUCGCAAGUAUGGAUUCAAAGCUUUGUUUGCUCCCAAGUAUGACAUGAUGAAGGCUGGAAACGGGAUGCAUGUUCACAUGUCCAUUCGCAACGCCACCACUGGCAAGCCCCUCUUUACCACUCGCGGCGGCAUGAGUGCCCAGGGCGGGGCCUUUGUAGAAGGGAUUCUCCGACACUUGCCAGCCUUGAUGGGUCUAUCCCUGCCCACUGUCAACUCAUUUCGUCGAGUUGGCAAGGGGUGCUGGACAGGAAGCUCCGUUGGAUGGGCCCUGGAAGAUAAGGAGUCCAGUUUGCGAGUGUGCUCCAAUUUGACGACCAAAGAAUGGGACCAUGUUGAGUACAAGCUUUGCGAUAGCACCUGCAACCUGUACCUUGCCCUGUCGGGACUCUUGUCGGCCGGACUGGAAGGUAUUGCACAGGAGAUGGAAUUGCGGCCAGCCCUUGGUGCCUCGAGUGACGAGGACGCCCCCUUGCCUCAAACGGUGCAAGGCGCCCUUGAAGCCUUGAAACAGGACGAGUUGUUGAUAGAUGUUAUUGGAGAACGCUUGGGCCGGGGAUACCUUGCCUUGAGGCGGGAGGAGGCGGGACGCUCGUCUCAAUUGUCGCUGGAGGAGGAAGUUUCGGAAUUCUUGCAGCGCGCAUAG